AUGUCCAAGAGCUUCUCCCUUUCCUUCUCAGCUCAGUGCCUCAGUCCGUCAGUUGGAGGCAGGCGGCCGCGAGGUAAGGACGGGCGCCGCUGCUACUCCCUUGUGCCAGUGCUCAGUAGUAACAGCAGCAGCAGCAGUCUUACCACCACCACCACCACUAUCACCACAACCACCACCACCGCCACUACCACGAGCCCCAGUGCCAGCCCGACGCCACCAGUGCACUACCACCAUCACCACCAUCACAGCCUCCUGCACCACCACCUCCACCACGUCAAGCCUCCAGCGAGUGUGUUGAAUUGCAGUCCCUAUGAACACCAACUCCUUCACCGCCUCCUGCCGCGCCACAUCACGACAGAACACGUGGUAUUCAGCCAUAAGACUAAGGUCGGGGGGCGUUCCCUAUAUUUCUUCAGCCCAGCCACCCGGGGCGGUCUCACCAAGCCAGUCUUCACCACGAGGGAAAAGCUCACCCCGCUACUGGAUGGCCCCACGGAGGAAGAGGACGACGGGAGUGAGGGCGGCUCUUCAGGCAGGCGGAGCAGUAGUGUGGGCGGGGGCGUGGGCAUUGGGCGGAAGGGGCGGCCACGGGAUGAGAUAAGCCCCGGAGUGGUGUGUACGAUAAAGAGAGUUCACCUUGGGGACCCCGCCUGUGACUUGGGAGUGAGUGUGUAGGGUCGCGGUCCCCAGAGAGGAUUACAAGGCCCCCAGCGCCCCCCAGCAGGCACGGGUCCGGCGCUACUGGUGGAGGCGUCUCAGAAUGGCAAGCGCAGUGAGGAUGGCAUGGCGGUGGCGGCAGGAUACACUGGGGAAGUUAUGUUUCUACUGCCUUACUCUAUCUUGGCACGAGCUGAUCUGGAGCCACGAGCGACGGAGAUACUAGUGCAGGAGGCGAUGUUGUCCUGCGUGAGUGAGUCUGUGGUGUGGUUUGUGGUGAAGAGUUUUACGCGGCGCAAAGUGAUGCCCAACCCGCGCCAGCUCUCCGGCCAGCUGCACCUCUCCAAGCUCAAUCUUCGCCCCUCAGACCUCAAGCGGCUCUCCUGAUAUUGACAACUGAUGGUGACACUUACGACCGUUUUCAGAAACGCCUUCCCCUCUCACUACGACAAUUUUCUAAGGUCACAGAGACAACUUGCCGGGUUUUCAAGACAGUUUCUUUUUUCAGUAAACUAGAAAUCUUGCCAAUCCAUCAUCAG